AUGCGGAUGGACUGCGGUCUAACUGCCGAAUUGGCAAAUCGGGAUCAGGGUAUCGGAACAGGAGGGAUAGGCGCAAUGGCACAACUGACUUCAAACGGCAUACCGCUAGAUAUGGCACCGGAUGCAUUCGGUGAACUACGUGAAUCAAAUGAUUUGCUCAAUGAUAUGUCCGCUUUGAGGGAACGUAUGGCGGAGGACGGCUAUCUUUUAAUCCGCGAUUAUUUGGAUCUGGAGUGGGUCAUGGACGCCCGGCGAUCCGUGCUCGAGGUGUUAGCGGAACAUGAGAUGAUCGACGAAAACCACUCCCUCAUGGAGGCACGGGCGGCAAGGAGUGAUAACGGCAAAUUUCGCUCGGCAAUCGGCAGCCAUGCGGCGUUGGGGAAGUUACCCGCUGUGCGGAAGUUGGUGCAUUCCGGCCGGAUGAUCGAUUUCUACGCUGCAUUCCUCGGCGGUGAGGUCAGAUCAUUUGAUUUUGUCUGGAUGCGUGUGAUGGGUCCCGGCAGAUCCAGUGCACCGCAUUACGACAUCGUGUACAUGGGCAGAGGCACCACGAACCUAUACACCUCCUGGACACCACUGGGGGACGCUCCUUUGAGCGAUGCUGCACUGAUGGUGCUUGAAAACUCCCACCGUCUGGAACAGGUCAAAACGACUUACGGGCAGAUGGACGUAGACAAAAAAAGCAACUGGAAAAAAACAGGAGGGAGUUACGGCAAAGACCCCGCAGCGAUUCAGAAGGAGCUUGGGUGUCGCUGGCUCACAACAGACUUCCGCGCCGGCGAUCUGCUGGUGUUCAGUAUGUAUACAAUGCACUGCUCGCUUGACAAUCGUUCGGAUCGGAUUCGGCUAUCUUCCGAUACGCGCUACCAAUUGGCAUCGGAGCCGGUGGAUGAGCGUUGGAUCGGCGAAAAUCCGAUCGCCCAUUCAGUGCGGGAAGAGGAGUGA